GGGAUCUCAGCUAGGGGCGGGAGAGACUAUAUAAAGGCCACGCCAGGGUUGUGACGCAGUUAGCUUCGCUGUACUCUUUGUGACCGGUUGUUUGUCUGUCUAGAGCGCCGUCCUUGCGAAAAUGCAGAUCUUUGUGAAAACCCUGACAGGGAAAACCAUCACCCUAGAGGUGGAGCCCAGUGACACCAUUGAGAAUGUCAAGGCCAAAAUCCAAGACAAAGAAGGCAUUCCUCCAGAUCAGCAGAGGCUGAUCUUUGCUGGAAAGCAGCUGGAAGAUGGGCGCACCCUGUCUGAUUACAACAUCCAGAAAGAAUCCACCCUGCACUUGGUCCUGCGCCUCAGAGGUGGUAUGCAGAUCUUUGUGAAAACCCUGACGGGCAAAACCAUCACCCUAGAGGUAGAGCCCAGUGACACCAUUGAGAAUGUCAAGGCCAAAAUCCAAGACAAAGAAGGCAUUCCUCCAGAUCAGCAGAGGCUGAUCUUUGCUGGAAAGCAGCUGGAAGAUGGGCGCACCCUGUCCGACUACAACAUCCAGAAAGAAUCCACCCUGCACUUGGUCCUGCGCCUCAGAGGUGGUAUGCAGAUCUUUGUGAAAACCCUGACGGGCAAAACCAUCACCCUAGAGGUAGAGCCCAGUGACACCAUUGAGAAUGUCAAGGCCAAAAUCCAAGACAAAGAAGGCAUUCCUCCAGAUCAGCAGAGGCUGAUCUUUGCUGGAAAGCAGCUGGAAGAUGGGCGCACCCUGUCAGACUACAACAUCCAGAAAGAAUCCACCCUGCACUUGGUCCUGCGCCUCAGAGGUGGUAUGCAGAUCUUUGUGAAAACCCUGACGGGCAAAACCAUCACCCUAGAGGUAGAGCCCAGUGACACCAUUGAGAAUGUCAAGGCCAAAAUCCAAGACAAAGAAGGCAUUCCUCCAGAUCAGCAGAGGCUGAUCUUUGCUGGAAAGCAGCUGGAAGAUGGGCGCACCCUGUCUGAUUACAACAUCCAGAAAGAAUCCACUCUGCACUUGGUCCUGCGCCUCAGAGGUGGUAUGCAGAUCUUUGUGAAAACCCUGACGGGCAAAACCAUCACCCUAGAGGUAGAGCCCAGUGACACCAUUGAGAAUGUCAAGGCCAAAAUCCAAGACAAAGAAGGCAUUCCUCCAGAUCAGCAGAGGCUGAUCUUUGCUGGAAAGCAGCUGGAAGAUGGGCGCACCCUGUCUGAUUACAACAUCCAGAAAGAAUCCACUCUGCACUUGGUCCUGCGCCUCAGAGGUGGUAUGCAGAUCUUUGUGAAAACCCUGACGGGCAAAACCAUCACCCUAGAGGUAGAGCCCAGUGACACCAUUGAGAAUGUCAAGGCCAAAAUCCAAGACAAAGAAGGCAUUCCUCCAGAUCAGCAGAGGCUGAUCUUUGCUGGAAAGCAGCUGGAAGAUGGGCGCACCCUGUCAGACUACAACAUCCAGAAAGAAUCCACUCUGCACUUGGUCCUGCGCCUCAGAGGUGGUAUGCAGAUCUUUGUGAAAACCCUGACGGGCAAAACCAUCACCCUAGAGGUAGAGCCCAGUGACACCAUUGAGAAUGUCAAGGCCAAAAUCCAAGACAAAGAAGGCAUUCCUCCAGAUCAGCAGAGGCUGAUCUUUGCUGGAAAGCAGCUGGAAGAUGGGCGCACCCUGUCCGACUACAACAUCCAGAAAGAAUCCACCCUGCACUUGGUCCUGCGUUUAAGGGGCGGUAUCUGAACUUGCUCCUACUAGCAUCUGAAUAAAAGUUUCUCUGCACCUUGUUCCAAUAAAGCUGUUGCAUUCACAA